CAUUCUAAACAAAAACCAAGAUGUAAGGAAGAAAAAAACAUAGGGGCUAAAUUGCUGAAAUGUAUGUUUAGAAACAGUAACUUUUUUUAUCUUCAAUAUAUCUUUUUUGUGUGUAUGUAACGAUUUGAACGUAUGUGAAUAUGUUUUUUUCAUUUUUCCUUUAAAUUUACUUCUCUUACGAUGUAAAAGGGGAAACAAACACGUUUUCUUCAUUCUGUUCACUUUCAUUUUCCUUGUAAAACACUUUGUGCAGGAUUCUUUGUUUUUGUUGUUGUGGAGAUGAAAAGAAAUUAGGACUUUCCCUGAUCUCUUUAGAGACUUGACGUGUUUUUCCUGUCAUUCUGUUUUAUUUAUGAAUGAAAAAGUCACGUUUUACUAACCAUUCAUCCUAAAACUGUCAAAUGCAGUUGAAAACCUUAAAAACUAUUCCUCCAGACCACCUUAAAACCAAAAGAUGUCCAGAAUAAUUCAGAUGUUGAGGCAUCUUGAGAUUUGCUUUUUUGUUGUUUUUACACAUUUUGUGUUGCACCGCCUCCUUAUUUGCCAUAAAAUGCCAUAUAAACACAGACUUCCCCUCAAAAUUCUUGUUUUGUGUUUUUCUUACAGAUGCAUCAGUCCUCUGCCUCCUCACUCUCUGUCUGAAGGCAGGGAGAGGAGGCAGGAGCUGUACCCUGAUUCCUCCUCAGAGCUGGAACUGAAGCAGAUGCUGUGGCGGGGAGAGCUCCUGCCUCUUUUGUUGUGUCGGCGCAGAUAAAAAUCGGAUGAACACGGGUAAGGACCACCACUGACGCCUCCUCACAGCGAGCUGCACGCUCCAAGCCUGCAUCCUGGAUGUGCGACAGGCUCUCGGCAGGAUAACGGGGAGCUGCAAGGAUCGGUGGCGGGGAGAAGAAGAAGAAGAGGAGGAGGAGGAGGAGAAAAAAGAGGAGGGGCCGGCUUUGGUGCUGGAGCUGGUGGGCUUUCUCUGCCUUACAGACACAUUUUAUUGACUUGCUAAUUGGAUGAGGCUCUCGGAGGAGAGGAUGCAGUGACCGACAGGAGCUGCUCUUCAGAGGAUGGAUUCAGGCACAGAACAGCGUUGCGUAAAUCCGGCUAUUUAAUCAGCUUUUUUCUAGACAUGACAACAGAUGUUUUUGAGCAUCUCUCUGUGACCCUCAGAGCGUGGAUAUAAUUUUAUGCAUGACACCGUCGAACGGACGCUCCUGUUUCCAGACGCUUCGUGACAAGUGAAUGAUUUCCAUUUUUUCUGCUCCUCUUAUCCUUUUUUAUUUUUUAAAGCUAAUCAACUGGAGCUAUUUUUCUCGAUUGGUAUGAAUUUGAUGGUGAGACCAAUGCUUCAUCAGUCAAAAUAUCCAAGAGCCCUGAAUGGAUGUGCUUCAGGGGGAAAAUGAAGUCUUGCCAUGACUGAGGUGUGCAGCUCUGGUGAAGUCAGAGAGCAGAUGUCACCGUGCUGAGAUCUGCUGUCCCAAUGAGCAAAGCAGGUAACCCACAGAGACGCACCACCUACCUCAUCUCCCUCACUCUGGUGAAGGUUGAGGCUGUGCCAGAGGAUGUUGCAGAGAACCAGACGGAGGCGCUUCCAGAGGGGGAAGGGAGCCCUAAGAAGAAGAAGGAGGAGGAGGAGGAUGCAGAAAGGGCCGGAGUGAACGCUACCCCAGAAAAAAAUGAAUCAUGUGUGGAAGAGAGGGAUAAAACACCUGUGAAAGAGGAAGUGGAACAGGUGCAUUCCAAGUAUGGCAGUCCUGCUGAGAGCAGGCCGAAGCCUGAGAGAUGGGAGAUACAGGCGCCCCAGAAAGACAUGCCGUCUGCUGGCAAAAGCAAGGACACUUCUUUUAUACACCAGCCUGUCAGGCAGAUGAUCAAAGUGUAUGGGGGCCCAACGUCUGAGGGGACGGUGCGCAGAGAGGGGCCCCGCUCGGAAACCUUGCGCCCCAAAACAGAGCUUUACCGGGAGCCUCCAAAGCUCUUCCUGAAGGGUGAAAAUGGAGCAGAUUUGAACAGCCGCUCGCGCUCCAGCCUCUCCUUCUCCGUCCCGCCACAGAUCAACCAGCGGACUGAAGUUGCUGUGAGGCUACAAGCAGGAGGUAACUCCACAUGCUGGAGGGAGCUGAGAGAAACCAACACAAGUGUGUACCACACUGCUAAGACUUUGGACCGGAGGGACAACCGUGCAGGAGACCAGCCCCCCCUGACAGCAGCUGCGGCCCUGGGGCCUUACAGGGCCUCCUGGGCGGACAGUGAUGGCAGAGCCACCCUCAUUCGGCCCGGGGUGCCCAUGAGUGGAGGAUUCUCAGGCGUUGUGACCCGGGACAGCUCCCAGGGAGAGCGAUAUAAGGCAGUUUCUGUCUCCUUACCCGCUGCUCCUACCCCCGAUGUCUCCAAGCUUCAGAGAAAAGGUACAAGUUGUACCCUUGACAACAGCGAUCUGCACUCUUUCUCAGAGGACCUUAAAAAAGGAAAGGAUGCUCAGGGAGGCACGAUGCAGCGAGCCCCCCCACGUGAUCGCAAAAUGCUGAAAUUUAUUAGUGGCAUUUUUACCAAAAGUGCAGCUGUGCCAGCCAGUGCUAACACUGUGCCUCCUCUGUAUCCAGCUGUGGAGAGGGGCUCCAGUGAGGAGGAAGCUGUGUGCACGAGCAGUCAGGAAUGGACCAUGACUCAGCCGGUGCUGGAGCUUCACCUGGGCGUUCUGGGUGGUCUUUGCAGCGGGAAGUCUGCUCUUGUCCACAGACACUUAACAGGAAGCUACGUGGCCCUGGAAAAUGCAGAAGGACGCCAGUACAUUAAAGACGUGCAGGUGGAUGGACAGAGCCACCUGCUGAUCAUCAGAGAGGAGACAGAACUUCCAGGAGCUCAGUUUGCAAGCUGGGUGGACGCAGUUAUCUUGGUUUUCAGCUUAGAAAACGAAACCAGCUUCCAGGAAGUUUACAAAUUUUACCAACAGCUGGCUCUGCAUCGACCCAUCUCUGAGAUACCUUUCAUAGUCGUUGGCACUCAGGAUAAGAUCAGCAGCACCAACCCCAGAGUGAUAGACGACGCCAAGGCCAGGCAGCUCUGCUCAGAUGUACGGCGGUGUACCUACUAUGAAACCUGUGCGACCUACGGCCUCAAUGUGAACAGAGUCUUCACUGAUGCUGCUCAGAAGAUCAUGGCGGCCAAAAAGCAAGCUGCACUAUUGGCUUCCUGCAGAUCUCUUCCCAAUUCUCCCAGUCACUCUGGAGGCUCCACACCAGUGUCUGGCAUCUUUCCAGGACAGGCCAGUAACGGCGGUCAGAGCAGCGAUUACUCGUCCUCACUUCCCUCCACUCCUGUGAUCAGCCACAAAGAGAUCGGCAGAACAUUGAAAGGAGAGAAAUCCGACAGCGCCGGGCCUGGGUCGGUCCGCAGCGUCCGCAGGCGCACUCCCAGAUUUGCGGGCCGCAGAGGAAGUGAUUCCAAUAGAAGGAGUGCAGACUAUAAGGGGGAUUUUGGCAUCGGUCGCUCCAUUCCUAUCAAACAGGGCGUCCUACUGAAGCGCAGUGGAAACUCGCUGAACAAGGAGUGGAAGAAGAAGUAUGUCACACUGUCCAACGACGGCAUUCUGACCUAUCACUCCAGUGUGAAUGAGUACAUGCUGAACGCCCCGGGGAAAGAGAUGGACUUGCUGCGAGUGACGGUGAAGGUGCCGGGAAAGCGACCUCCUCGCGCCGUGCCCACGUGUGGUCCCCCUGCUGGACUCAACGGGCGGGUUAAAGAUGUGCUUGGACCCGAGGUCCCAGUAAGUCCAGGUAGCCUCCUGCAGGCGGGGGAGAUGGAGGAGCUCGGUGGGACGAUGUUCCUAAGGAGUAACAUAGGAAUGCAACAGUGUUCUUCCACGCUAUCCAACAAUGCUCCAGGCGUUGGGGGGUGGUGGGGAUUCAUGUCACUAGAUUCUGCAGUUGAAGGAGUCUCCAGCUCGUCUUCCACCAAAGAUGCAGGUUCUGCUUCCCCGCUGGCAGACAGGAAGAAGCAUCGCAGAAAGAAGAGCAUGAAUCAGAAAGGAGAUUCAGCCAUGGGCCAAGCAGAUGCCAAACGCAAAAUGUGGAAACUCAAAAGUUUCGGUAGCUUAAGGAAUGUAAGCAAGACAGAGGAGGACAACUUUGACUUCCUCGUCGUGUCGAGCACGGGGCAGACGUGGCACUUUGAAGCCCAGAGUGUGGAGGAGAGGGACUCCUGGGUCCAGGCCAUCGAGAGCCAGAUCCUGGCCAGCCUGCAGCUCUGCGAGAGCAGCAAGAACAAGGAUGGAAGGGACAGCCAGAGCGAGGCCGUGGCGCUGCAGGCCAUCCGGAACGCAAAGGGCAACAACUUCUGUGUCGACUGCGAUGCUCCAAAUCCGAUGUGGGCCAGCCUGAACCUCGGGGCUCUCCUUUGCAUCGAGUGCUCUGGGAUUCACAGAAACCUGGGGACCCACGUGUCACGGGUUCGAUCCCUGGCUCUGGAUGAUCUGCCGCGAGAGCUCACGCUGGUCCUGAGUGCCAUUGGAAACCACAUGGUCAACAGUACGUGGGAAUCCCGCACGAUGGGUCACCGCAAACCAGCACCUGAUGCUACUCGAAAGGAGCGGGAGUCCUGGAUUAGAGCCAAGUAUGAGCAGAAGCUGUUUGUUGCGCCGCUGCCUCCGCCCACUCCCAGCGAAGGGCCAGACAUCACUUUAUCCGGCCGUCUUCUGUUGGCAGUGAUGGAGCGCAACCUGCCCAAGCUGCUGCUCCUUUUGGCCCACUGCUCUAAGGAGGACAUCAACGCCCCAGUGAGGCUCCUCUCCAGGUCGCUCUUCAUGCUGCGGCUGCCCGGCUCCGCCCUCCACGCUGCCUGUCAGCAGGGGGAUGUGGUGAUGACACAGCUUCUUCUUUGGUAUGGCUGCGAUGUGCGAUAUCGGGACGCUCAGGGGCAGACUGCGCUCGCGUUGGCCCAAAGCGCAGGCAGCCAGGAGUGUGUUGACAUCCUCCUGCAGCACGGAUGCCCGAACGAACCGGCCCCCUCCAUCCCCCAGACAGCCGGCUUUGCAUCACCGGGAACACCCAGCUUCCCAGUUGCCAUGACACCCAGCUUGACUGCUGCCACGACUCUCAAGAUGCCGCACAAGAGCGGCGCCGCCAACCUGAGUUAUAGCACCUCCAAAAGAGCCGUGUCAUAAUCACAGCGGUGAAUGUGAGCUUUUAUGCUUUGCCGUCAUAGUGUCUGUGCGUCCACAGCAGGACUCGGUGCUCGGGAUGAUGCACUUCUUAGGGUUGGGGGGAGGGGGGCAGAUGGGGUUUUAGAGGUGAGCGUUUCAGGUAUGCAAACCUGUAAUUUCUCCAAAACAAAAAGGAAGAAAUUCUUCUGCCUACUUGUGACGCUUUUACCAGGAAUGUACUCCACUGUUUUUCUGCGUUCAUUUCAAAUUACGUUGCCAAUAUUCCACUUUUUCCUUCAUUCUGAUAAGAAUGGAAAUCUCCCUGCAGCCUCAAACUGCUUAUAUGAAGUAUGAAAGUGAAGAGCUGCAAUAAAAAAAAACAGCCAGGUGACGGUGGCUUUCAUCAAACUCUUAUCUGAACUCUCAGAUAAAAAUUUUGACAUGAAUGUGAGUUUACCAGAGCUGGUCAUUCUGUGCAUAAAUUGUGUAUUCUGUGUGUUGAUGUGAAAAAGACGGUGAAUGAAAUGAGGAAGCUGUUUUAAAGAGUUAAAAAAAACUGCCUAAAGUGUAUUGAUAAAAUAGUAAAAUUCAGAAAAAAGUGCUUAAUUUUCCAGGUUGUUAAUGUAUGAUUUGUACAGUUACAGUCGGUUCUGUGUAUAAAACUUAAGUGGUUGCUUAUUGCUGUUCAGAGAUUUACUGUACAGUUUCACUUUUUAAUUUGAUAAACACCUGAUUACUGAGAUUUCUAUGUUACGUCAAGUGUUUCUGACUUAAAUACUUUGCAGGAUGUGCACAUUAGAAUGCUAACACACAGUCAUGUGAAAAAGAAGCUUGUUUCUCUUUAGUCUUAAUGGCUUAAACGUUAGGAGUUUAUUAAAAGCUAUGGCAUUAGGAGAACUUAAAAUAUGAAGAGAUCAUUUUCCCGUCGGACCAAAUUUUUUUAAAUUAUUAUGGAUUGGUUGACGUUUUUGCCUCAUGGUUUUAUCUCCUUGAGUUUGCAGAGAUGUACAUUUCUCUUAUGGCUUCAGGGUAAGAAUUUCAACCUAAACUUAACAAAACUUUAAGAUUGCAUAAAAUAGGAAGUACCAAAGUGCAUUUAAUGCUGUGAUCAUAGUUCUCCCUGCGUGACCCAGUUUCAGACGGUUUGGUUGCAGUUCUUUUUAAGUCCUGUUGCUUAACAAUUAGGCCCACAUCAUGAUUCUUCCUCCAAUGACACUAAACAGUGGCUUGUGUUCAUAUUUAUUCACUUUGUACUGAAAACUUGUGUCAAAUAUCUCCACUGUGAUAUGGUGUGCUUUAAAGAUGUGAAAAGGCAGCUUUGUAGAUUGAAGUUCAGCUUAAAUUGUUUUUUUUUUUCUGAAAGCCUUUUUAAAUCCUCUACAUUUGUUGUGCUUUCUACAGUCGCUGAGCCCCCCCCCCCAUUGCAGCAAAGAAAAAAAAAGUGCAAACAAACAAAAAAACUGCUGCCAAUAACACCAAACACAGCUACAAAAAAAAUGCUGCAAAUGAAAAAGCCCUAACAGAAAUUGACUAGGUUAAUUUGGACUUUAAUUGCAAUAACAUUUUAUCUGUCAGUUGGUUCCACUCAGAUGUAUUUUCAACUCUCAGUGCCUACUGGUACUUGUGGUUUUUGGGAUUUUGUUUUUUUGGGGGGGGUAGACACUGUUCUGGAGUGAGACUAUGCGGUGAUACAUGUUACUGUUUUUCUGCAUAUUUGAGCAAAGCUCCAGAUCUCUAUUUUUCUCUCAUUAGUGGUCUUUCUGCAAACUGGGUUUCUCUGUGUUAACCAGAGCAACAAUAAACCAGCAUCUUCCAGUUUGCUGUCAAACCUGGCCAAACCAAAUAAUUCAUUAAAAAGUACAAAUAGUGACAUUGGACACUGACAUCUUCACUUACUUUCUUGUUCUUUUUCCUAUUUGAAUCUUGUUCUUUUUUUUCCUUCUCACAAGAGUCUGUGCACAAAAACAAUCCUCAAUAAUCCACUUCCGUUGUGGCAUUUUAUUUGCAGCAUUUUUUGUAAUUUUCAGUAUUUCAUUUUAUUUGCAGCAUUUCUUUUUGUUUGCUGCGUGUCAUUUUAUUUGGAGCAUCCUUUCAUUUGCACUCGUUAUUUACAUUUUAUUUGUAGAAAUGUUUGGUAUGUGCAGUGUUUUAUUUUGUUCAGAGCCUUUUCUUCAUUUGCAGCAUUUCUUUUAAUUGAAGUGGUUCGUUUGAUUUGAAGCAUUUCUUUUAUUUUAAGCAUUUCUUGUUAUUUGAAGAAUUUUUUGUUUUUUAAUUCUGUUUGAAAAUUUACAAAAAUACCUGAAGUUUUUCAUUUCCUUUAUUAGCAGAAUUUCUUUUAAUUGAAGUGGUUCAUUUGAUUUGGAGCAUUUGUUUUGUUUGCAAUAGCAUUUCUUUCAAUUGCAGCAUUUCUUGUUAUUUCGAGGGUUUAAAUUUAUUUGGAGCAUUUCUUUUAGUUACAGUGUUUCAAUUUGCAGCCAGAUUUAUUUUUAUUUGCAGCAUUAUUUUGUUAUUUUGAGCGUUUCAUUUUAUUUGGAAAAUAUUUUUUGCUGCAUUUCUUGUUAUUUGCAGUAUUUCUUUCAUUUGCAGCAUUUGUUUUAUUUGCAGUAUUUCAUGUUAUUUGGAGUUUAGUUUCAUUUUCUUUUUUGUUUGUUUGUUUAUUUGUUUGCACAGAAACUUUUUUGUGCUGUGUUGGCAGAUCUCUGCAACUGUAAUUUUCCUUCCAGUUUUACCAGCUUCAGAUUCACAUUUAAAGCUCUCCAAACUGUUGAUUUUCUUUUCUCUGUGAUUGGCUGAUGCUCUCUCGGGAAGAUUGGCAGCAGGAAACCUAAUUCUUAAUGCGGGGCUUUGAGUUUAGUUUACUAAAUGCAAGAUUUUGUUGAAAUAUUUCUGAAGCAAACAGUUAAAGAGGAUGAGGCUUGUUUUUCAUGUGACUGCCGCUCACUGUUGAGGUAAUAACAGACAUGUGAAUGAACAAGUGAACUGACUGAAUGUAGACAAAAAGAGAUGAUUUACCUAUUUCAAAUCUUAAAGUGUUUUUUCAGAUAUAUUGUUCUUUCAUCUGACAUCCUUCCUUCUUUCCUUAGGAGAAAUUAAAAGUUUGUUUUGACCUAUGAAAACCUCUCCUCUGUUAAAUCUGCUCCUGGAUGAUGUUUGUAAGUGAACGCAAACAUAAGGAAUGUUCUCUGUGUUUUCUUAAAAAAAAAAAAAAAAAGGCAAAAUAUCAACCUUCAUGCAGUACUCAGUGUUGUUUGUGUUUACCUGUCUGUUUCUGUGACGUGAGCAUCUAUUCUUUUCCAAACUCCUUCAGUGAAUCACAGAGGAUUCAUUGUCAAGACCUUUGACUUCCUGCAAUGCUGUUUUUCUUUGAGGUUCAGUUUGUCUGUUCAGAUUUUAUUGACCUUUUUUGAUCCCUCAAUAAACUAUAAGAUUUCCACACAGGAGUUUUAGAUUAAAGCUGAAGCACAUUCAGCUCAGUCGCAUUAUUUUACCGACGUCCUCCAGCUUUUCAGACAUCAUCUGGAUCAAACUGGUUCCUCAACAAACGCCGUUACCAGCUUCGACCUACUUCUUUGUAGGUCAACGUAAUGGGCUUAUUUAUAAAUUGAAGGAGAAUCUCGGUGGAGGUUUCAUUUUCUCGGAGUCACUGUUAAUUUCUUUUGUCAUUUUACAGAGAUUUUCAGACUCUUUCAGUGUUUUCCAUAAAUAGAUAGAAGCUCAAACAUCUAAACAUCUUGUCUGCUCCUACAAAGUUUGUUUUUGGAAAGAGUUUUAUGCAUUUUGACUGUAUUUGCUCACACUACAAACCUGAAUUUCUUUUGCUGUUACAUCUCAUGGAAAAAUGUCACAUUUUUUGUCUUUUUACAUCACUAUUUUAGGAAAAGGGACAAUAUUUAGAGGUUUUACCAAGCAAUUAUAGGAGUUUUACUGAGCUGAAUGAUAGAAAAUGAUAAAACAUAAAGUGACAUUUCAUAUUUUUUUAGCUGCUUUGCAUUAAUUAAUUCAUUAAAUUAUGGAAUUUUAAAGAGUCAGCAGCUGCUGACUAUUGAUCAAUGAUUAUAACCAGUUUUCUUUAGUUGGCAUUUUUUCCACUUUAAAAUAUAAUUCCAGCCAAAUACCUUCUAAAAGUACAAAAGCGUUUUGUGUAGACCAUCCUAUACAUGCAGCAGUCUUUAUUGAUUCUGGUUCUGCUGAAGAUUUUUUUCCUAAUCUGUCAUUAUUAAAGGAGAAUUUUUGCUUCUCCAAUCUGAUCUGUUUGUCAUUCAUAAAGCCUGUUGUCAUUACAUUAAAAUAAUCUGGCAUUGUUUGAAUUA